UCAUAAAAACCAGUUUUUUUUUUUUGUGAUUGCUGUUGCAUGUAUGUGAGGAUUACAACAUCAUGGCAGAGCAUGUAUCCCUGUGUCAACUCAUAGUAGUGGCUGAAUCUUAGCUGAAUUGAUUUACACUGUCAACACAUUACACUAGAGGAAGUUGCUCAUAGCAAUAAGAGCAUAAGGAAUGAUGUGGUUUUCAGGAUGCGUGGACCUUAGACACAUAUCAUCCCCAGCCUUCCCUUUCAGCACAGAUCAUCAUGCACGCUGGACCUCCUAUCCUCUCCCAGCAAUAUGCCGCUGGGGUUAAAAACUAGAUGUCAGUAGUAUUCCCGUAAAUUUUGAACAGUUCCCUGUGGAAUAUGAUGCCGCUGGGGUUAAAAACUAGAUGUUAGUAGUACUCCCGUAAUCAAAUAUUGAUGCUUUAGUAAUGUGUUGGACAGUUCCUUGUUUUGAACAACAAUUAAUUUGAUCCUUCAAAUAGUAGCAUAACAGAAGAUUGCGUUAUUCUCAGAAUCAAAUAUGAUUGAUGAACUAGGGUGAUAUACUUGAAGAUUCAAGUUGACUGUCUGUACUAGUUGUCUGAAAAUCAAUCUCAGUUUUUUUGUUGCUUAACCUGAUAUUAACUGUAACGUAUGGUUUAGACAUGGCUAACUUGGUUUUUCUCAUUCCAAUUAUCAUCAGUAUAUAAGAUAAUGGGGUUGCUAUCUUUAAAUUCCAUCUACAUUUUUAUAUACGGGGAUGUGCUGUUGUAAUAGAACUGUAAUAUCUAUUUAUUUUUUAUAGGAACCUGCAACUUUUGUUCUAGUUGGAGUGGACGAACUGCCGCCAUCUUGGGACCCGGUCAGCACACCUGAUUUUGAUUUCUUGGAGUUGCAUGUUUUUGGGAACCAAGUAUUACUCAACGUGAUUAAGCUCUGGUUCAUAUCAUGGAUCAACAGCCCAAAGACGAUAUUGAUAUUUUUGAACCAACGGUGACCUUAGAUCAAACACAUUAUCAAGAGGGUUAUAAAAAUGGUUAUGAUGAUGGCUUGGUGUCUGGAAAGGAAGACGGGAGGCAGGUUGGUCUAAAGAUGGGUUUCCAGGUUGGUGAAGAACUGGGAUUCUAUAAAGGUUGUUUGGAUGUGUGGAUGUCAGCAAUUCGCCUUGAUCAAGAUGCAUUCUCAGCUCGAGUCAGAAAGAACAUGGAACAACUAGCUGCACUACUGAGCAACUAUCCUUUGUCUGAUCCAGAGAAUAACCAGGUUCAAGAAAUGAUGCAGAACAUCAGGAUGAAAUUCAGGGUUAUCAUGGCAAGCUUAGGAGCAAAAUUGGACUAUGAAGGUCGCCCCACAUCUUCUAAGAAAGACUUUUAGGAUCUGUAGUCUGUAGCUGGUGUAGCAUUAUGGAUAGGCCCCUUGUGGAUUAUCAAAUCUCAGUUACCACUUUGAAAGUGAUGUUUGAUAUCAAUAUCUUUGCCUUUUGGUUUUGUGGUUUUGAUGUUCCGUUUCAUGAAUAUGGCUAUAGACAUGUAAGGACUUACGGUGCUACAGGGAUAGCUGAGGGUACCUGAAGCACUACUGUAUGUAAGUAUCUAAGGUCCACUUCAACUUUAAGAAAUUUUCAGUCAUUUUUCUA